CGUCCAUUGGCCCUCGCCUGCUGCCAAUCAAACGGUGGGCGGCGCCGGCGGAGCAGCGAUACUUCCAGUGAAGCGCUCACAUGCGCUACAACACGCAGCGGAGGCGACGGGCUGGACGGGCCGCGGCGCAGCGCAACAUCCACACGACCGGACGACAGCAACGACAACAACACCACCACCACCACACCGGCGGGUCCACAACACUGCGACCGCGUCCACAGCUUACGACACUUUCUCAUCAUCGUUGACUGCUUUUCUUUUCUCUCUGUCGCCGGCUCGGGAUGUAACUGUCAGUGUCGAGUCCGCGCUUCGAGCUGAUCCGCGCUCUCGGCGUUUCACCGGCGAAGUUGCAACUUGCGAGAAUAAGUGCGCGCGCGCGCGUGUGUGUGUGUGUGUGUGUGUGUGUGAGAGGAGGAGGGGGGGGGGAGGCAACUUGUGCCACAUUUUUCUUUCUUUUUUUGUACAUGACAUUGUAACGCUCGGCUCCCGUCACCUCUCGACCAUGGCGGAAGCGGCCCAGCAGCCACACCUGGUGGAAAUCGACCCGGACUUCGAGCCCCUGUCGCGGCCCCGCUCCUGCACUUGGCCCCUGCCGCGGCCGGAGUUCGUCCACCCGGGCGACUCCAACGCGUCGUCGCCGGUGCCCUCCGUCAAGCAGGAGCCCGUCGGCACCGCCGACUUCAUCAGCAGCCUGAGUCUGCUGGAGGAGAGCGAGGACUUCGCGGAGCAGAAGCCCGCCGCGCUCUGCCCCGACUUCCAGUGUCGGGACAACUGCGUCCACCAGCCGCCGCCGCCGCCGCAGCAGCAGCAGCAGCAGCAUCAGCAGCAUCAUCAGCACCCGAACCCGCAACUCCCGCAUCAGCAGCCGCAGCAGCCGCAGCAGCAGCAGCAGCAGGUGCCGCUGCUCUCCUCCCCGGGCGGCUCGUCGUCCUCGGCGGCCGCGGCCGCAGCAGCCGCCGCCGCCGCCCAGAGGAAGAGCAGCUCGUCCCGGCGAAACGCGUGGGGGAAUAUGUCGUACGCGGACCUCAUCACCAAGGCGAUCGAGAGUUCCCCGGAGAGCCGACUGACCCUGUCGCAGAUCUACGACUGGAUGGUGAAGAGUGUGCCCUAUUUCAAGGACAAGGGGGACAGCAACAGCUCCGCAGGAUGGAAGAACUCCAUCAGACACAACCUGUCCCUGCACAGCCGCUUUGUUCGUGUCCAGAACGAGGGGACGGGGAAGAGCUCGUGGUGGAUGUUGAACCCGGAGGGCGGGAAGAGCGGCAAGUCCCCGCGGCGCAGGGCAGCCUCCAUGGACAACAACAGCAAGUUCACCAAGAGCAGAGGAAGAGCCGCCAAGAAAAAGCUGUCCCUGCAGGGCGGCCCUGACGGAGGCGCAGAGAGCCCCGGCUCCUACUCCAAGUGGCCCGGCAGCCCCAAUUCCCACAGCAACGACGACUUCGAAGCCUGGAACAGCUUCAGGCCUCGGACCAGCUCCAAUGCUAGCACUCUGAGCGGCCGCCUCUCGCCUUUCAUGCCGGAGGACGAUCUCGGGGAGGCAGACGUGCACAUGGGCUACCCAGGAGCCCCCGGGGCCAAAAUGACGGCCACGCUGCCCAGCCUAACAGAGAUGACCGGCUCACUGGGACACAGUUCGGAGAACGUCAUGGAGAACCUUCUGGACAACCUGAACUUGCUCUCGCCCAACAACUCUCAGGUCGGAGGAGGGGCGACGACCCCCGGCUCCUCCCAGUCCUCCCCGUCUCCCAUGAUGCAGCCGAGCCCCGGGUACCCCGCUUACAGCUCCCCCAGCAUGGCCGCGCAGCCUCAGCAGGACUAUCGCAAGUGUGGCUACGGACAAACCGGAAUGAACACUCUGUCGUCCAUGCCGCUGCAAACGCUGGCGGAGAGCAAACCCAGCUUCGGACCCGGUAUGGGCCAGUACAGCUGCCCCGCGGGGCUUCUGAAGGAGCUGCUGACGUCAGACACAGACCAGCACGGAGAUCUCAUGCCGUCAGUGGACACUGUGGUGUCUCAGUCCAGUGGAGGCUGCAUGCUGCCGCCGUACAGCAGCAGUCAGCAUGCGGUCAAACUCAUGGGCGGAGGGAACGGUCACUUGCACGCUCUCUCUCACACCCAUCCACACAAUGUGCACAGCCAAGGCCCGGCCACGUCACUAGCUAUGAAUGGCCGCUUGCUCAUGUCCCUGAGCCAUGGCGGGGGCAGCACACGUUUGCCCGCAGCCAAAAGUCCAAUGCAGAUGCCUUACGGCAUCUCCAGCCACCUCAGCGGGGUAGGAAUGCCCGGCGGCUUCUGCCCCCUCAACACCAAUGGGUACGGCCGACCAGGCCUGCCGCCACCCACACACCCGGAGAAGCUCCCCAGCGACCUGGACGACAUGUCCAUCGAGAAGUUUGAGUUUGACAUGGAGACGGUGCUCCAUGACACCCUGAUGGACGGGGACUCUCUGGACUUCAACUUUGAGCCGAUGGUGACCCAACAAGGUUUCCCCCACGGGGUAAAGUCCACCACACACAGCUGGGUGUCAGGGUAGAAACUGUAGACUGAGAAGAAAGAAAGAAAAAAAGAUCUGUUCAUCUGAAAUGUCCUUGUUGCUGUUUGGUGAAAGACACAUUCAGAACUCAUCGUCCCAUAAUCAUAACCUGCAGUUUCUCUACUUUAAAAAAAACAAAAAAACUUUUCUCUUAUCACUUCCACGAUGUGCCGAGGACGUCCCUGAACUGAAGACGAUGAAACCAGAACUCAUUUUGAAAUAUCAAACAUUCUGUACAAACUAAGUGCCAAACAUUUUUGCCUUAACGUAAGAGCCAAACUGAAACACACCUCUCUGGUUUACUCACCAAGGCUAGAAAUACUACACAGUGGUUUUGUCUAAGAUUUUUUACAAGAAAUGCUGCCAACUACAUCUCAUCAUCAUCAUCAUCAUCAUCAUCAUCAUCAUCAGCAGCAGCAGCAGCAGCAGCAGCACAAUCUGUGGGGGUGAACCAGCUCAUACUCUCUGCUGUUUACUUGUCUCCACAUGUGUAUGUGCACUGUAGUGAUAAUUGAUCACCACUACGGACGAAUUAUGAAGUUAAUCUGGCUCAUGGGUUUGUGGACUGAUAUGAUUUCACGUGAGAGACUUCUCAAGGGGUCCUCGGAUGAUGUUACAUAAUAACUCACUUUGUUGUCGCCUGAAUGUACAUAGAGUCGUUGUCGUAGAGAUUGAAAAAAUCAGGUCCGUAGUGUAUUUUAUGUGACUGUAAAUAGUGUUUACAGAAUUGAAGCAAAAAUUAAGGCAGCAGAAGUGAGCUCACGGAGCAAACUGGAUCAGAUUCAUAUCGAGCACAUGUCAAGUGGACACGUCUGUGUUUGAGAAUCCGCGUCAAUCAGGCUGUAAAAAAAUGGUCAUAAACUUUCUGAUUUCUUGUACAUAAAUUAAGGAUGUAUAUUAAAAUUAUGGAGUCGUCGUUUACUAGAUUUUAGUUUAUAUUUGACGCCUAAAUUAUUUGACGUUGAGAUAGAUUCAUGCUGGUGCAGAACCUGCACUCGGACAUUGAAACUGUUCAUUGAGUCAUUCGUCACUCUGAACCUUAAUACCACAGGGGCCUAUUUACUGUGCCUAACAAAGUAGAUAUCGACUGCAGGCUUGAAGGGUUUUAUAACGUAAAUGUCUACGGUCCAGAAGAUACUCAAAGGCAGCGGUCUCGAAGAGAAGUACAGUGAAUUCUUUAUUCUCGGUUCCCCGCCUUCUCAAGCAGAAGAAGAAGCGAGUGAGAUGGUUAGGGUUUCCUGAACGCUUUGUGAACGUGAGCAGGUCGAGGUGGGGUUCAUAAAAGGACAAUUCUCGGCGCCACAGUUGCGUCCGCAUCGACGCCGAGUCCGAGACCUGCUUGAGACUGUCAUUAGAGACACUGUGAGUCACCAGCCUGUCCCCUGUUCACUUUCAGAACUUGUUUUUUUUCUUCUUUGUCUCAAAAGAUUAGUGUGACUGAUUUGAAUUAGUACAGUAUGAUUCCUUCUUGUCCAAAAGAGCCGCCCGAUGCCGUCAACAGGAUCAGCUCCACUUUUACUCUGCCUCUACCUCUACCCAUGUGUCGAUAGCUUGAUAGCUCCCAGCAUCGUUUUAAUAAGAAGCUUAUUUUUAUUUUUUAUUUUUUUUAAGUUUCCCCUUGAAAAGCGCUACUUAAGUGUUAAGUAUUUUAUCCAGCUUGUAUAUUUGCAUUUUCUGAACUUGCUUUUCCAACUUAUUGCUGUACUAACAAUGAGCUCGUCAGGCAGCGAGCGACUUCUUACGCAGAGUCACCAAUAGUGCACAAGGUCGCGGCGACCUCAGUGAAGGCGUCGACUGGCCCGGUGGCUGUAAGACCAAGUGGCUUGGAGGCGACCAAGUGAAACGGAAAACUGCCUAUUUGACAUUAAUGUUAAUUGAUUGACUUAACCACAUAUAUCAGCGUGUGUCGUCAAGGACUCUCGAGUGUGCAAGUUUUUAGUUUUUUUUAACUGAAGUCGUGCUACCACUGAGUUCUCCUCCAACCGCAGGGGGAAAGCUCUGGUGGUCGAAAUGAAAACUUGCAUGCUCCAGACCAGAAAAAGCACACGAUCUGUCACCGCAGACAUCGAUUUUAAGAACGCCUGGGAGCAGGCAGGUUUUUUUACGAGUAGUAAAGAGAAAUUCUUAACAUUUCAAAAAGGCUCUGCAGAGAAGCCGCGAAAGAAGCUGCUAUUUGGCUUUGGUGCCAGAUGUUGCCUUUUCUUACCCAAACAUGCCAUAAUGUACUAUAGCCAAAUUUGCCUUUUUGAAGUUAAAGUGAUAUAUUUAGCCUUUUUAUCAUGUGAUAUGUUCAGAAUUAUAUAUAUAUAUAUAUAUAUAUAUUUGUGCCGGUCACUCAAGUCAGGAUAAACUAUACUGAAUCCAUGUAGUCAGUGUCACAGGGUUCAUUCUAAAAGUAAAAGAGCUGUACUAAGUAAAUUAUAUCUCUACAUUUUAAACAUUUUGAAUCUAUGCAUUGUAUUCCUUAAUUUUAUGUUGCUAUUGUUAUAUUUUCUUUUUUCUUUUUGAACUUAUGACAGAGAUAUUUUAUUGUAACAUAGCGCUGUGAGAUAUAAUGGUGUUGUUGUUGUCAAAACUCUAUGUUCCAGAUAGUUAUAUGGGGGGAAAAAAUGAAGUUUAUUUAGAAAAAUAGAUGAUGCAGUGAUUGAUAGGCUACGCUUUUGUAAACUGACGAUGUUGUAUUUCUUGUAUUUAGCUACAGUUUUUAGAAAAUAGCAUCAAAAAGCAAAUUACUGAAAAAAAAAUUGUUAAGAUAUAUUGUAUUUUUAAAAUGAAAAACACAAUAUUUAGACUGUCAGAGAACUCCUGCUUGAAAUGCAGAUCCUGGACCAAGUUUUGUAAUUUUAUGAAUAGAAAGAUGUUGCACUUUUACUCACAUUUUAUAACAAAGUGCUCCUCGUGUCAAGAGGAAGAAAACACCCGAAACAUAUUUUAAAAUGAAAAUCUGUUACAUCUAACUUAUACAGGAAUAAAUUGGAAAUACGCUGUGUGAUUUGCAAUCAAUAAGAAUAUGUAACUUGUUCAAUAUUAAUGUAUUAAGACCUGAAUAAAUGUAUCUCUGUGUUAAA